AAUUUGUCUGUAUAAUUAUGAAAUAUGCACCUGAUUUUUGUCUGAUCACGUUAAAACUUGUGUCUUUUCAUUUUUCAUAUGGAUACAAAAAUAUCUGUUAAAUAAACAUGUGCUGGAUAAUUAAAGGAUAAUAUCCAGGGCAUUUCUCAAAGCAUAGAGCAGUUAAUUCAGAAGUGAAACAACUAGUCAUUAGAUAUGAUGAACAGACUAAUAUCACAACUUCGACGAUCGUAUAAAUCUAUAACUAUCUUGUUUUUGAUCUUAACUAUUAUGCAGUGUUUUGAUAUCUACAAUAUUAUAUUUGAUAUUACAAAUAAACCAACAGAAAACGAAAGUUCUACAAGAGUUCCACAAUUUCGAGGGAGAAACGAAGUAUCCUGCAAAAAAAUAAUCGAAGGAGAUAGUACCGAGCUAACUCUCGCCUAUUCCCACAUGAACAAAUAUGUGUACCAAAUAUCGCCUGACAAAUAUUUUACGUAUUUAUCAACAAAUUGUUCUGUUUUAAAUGAUUUUAUGUUUUACUAUAAAUUCCCCAUUACAGAGGAGGAAUUAAAAUUUCCAAUUGCCUUCAUAAUACUAAUGUACAAAGAUGUUGAGCAAGUCGUUCGAUUAUUAAGAGCAUUAUACAGACCGCAAAAUUAUUAUUGUAUUCAUGUUGACCUAAGUGCACCGGGAGAAACGCACCUAGCUAUCGAUUCUAUAGCGCGUUGCUAUGGCAAUAUUUUUGUGGUAUCCAAAAAAGUUGAUAUUAUAUAUGGACACAUAAGCAGACUUAAUGCAGAAAUUAAUUGUAUGUCCGAUUUUGCUAAAAGAAGUACUUCAUGGAAAUACGUGCUUAAUAUACCAAGUCAACAGUACCCGUUAAAAACAAACGUUGAGAUUGUGAAAAUGCUUACAAAAUUAAACGGCUCUAACAUUGUAGAAGGAGUCUUAAACCAAAGUCGAACAAUCAAAGACAGAUACGAACAUCGAUUCUUUGCAUUUAGGAACGACUUGCAUCGCUUUGGUAAAAAGACUCCAUUCCAUAAUAAAAACAUUGCAAUCGUGAAAGGAUUGGCCAUUGGAGCUUUCAGUUAUAAGUUUGUCAGAUUUGUACUGGAAAACAAAGUUGCAAGAGAACUGUUGAUUUGGAUGAAAGAUAUCUAUAGUCCAGAUGAAUAUUAUUGGGCAACGUUAAACUAUAACGCAGCAAUUCCAGCUCCUGGACGAUACAUUGGCGAUCCUAAGGACUUGUCAUUUCUCGUGGUAUAUAUUUCUUGGGGAGCUCUUACGAAUAGUAAUAGAUGUCAUGGAAAAAUCGUGAGAGACAUUUGCAUCUUCGGGAUUGAAGAUUUACAUACUUUAGUUGGCUUACCUCAUAUGUUUGCAAACAAAUUUUAUCUCGACUAUCAACCACUUACUUUAGACUGCUUAGAAGAAUGGUACUUUUCAAAGGCUAUAAAUAGAAACAUUAAAUGAUUGUAGCUUUAUAUGAGAGUUUUAUUAUAUUACUAUUUCUGAAAUUUCAUUGCAAAUAUUUAAUUAGCUUUGUGAAUUCAAAUAGAGGGCCGAUAUAUACAAUUGAUUCAAUGUGUGCGCUAUAUUCAUGACAAUAUAAAAAAGUCAGGAGUAACCUGAUUCAUUUGUCAAUUGUAUGAAAUUGUAGAAUAUUUUGGGUCAUAUUUAUGUUUUGGAAUUUA